GCAGUAGCAGUAGUGUGGUGGCGGUGGUGGUAGUAAGUUUUUCCUCUGAAUCUUACGAACACAACACUGUUUAGACGGUCGGUCAAGUAAACAAUUAAUUUUUUUUCCUUUAUCAUACCGCUUGGCUCCAUCCGCGAGACCCACACACACAGACCAAAUGAACUACCCCACUCACGGACAGGUUAUGCUGGCCCUGGACUUGCUACCAGAAACGCUAGGUUCUGACCUUUCUGCUAACUUUGACUUCUUUUCCCCCGCUGCUUUCCCCCAGAAACUAAUGGAUGCCACUUUCUCGGCCGACUUCGCCCAUUGAGACAGAGAAGGAAAAUAAUAAUAAUAAUAAUAAUGUACAAAUAACCGCGAAUUGACGGGAGAGUCGUCGUCGUCGUCGAUUGCAUGCAAGUUUUAGACCUAAUUAUCUAUCAUUUACUGCUGAUUUAAUUUGUUUCUUUAAAAAUUUACCCUGCGUAUUUUGAUGAUAGAGAGGAGAAAACAAUCUGGUUUUUUUUUUUUUUUUUUUUAAUAUAGAGUCACGUUGUUAAAUUCUGGGCCUUUUAUUAUUUUUUUUUUGCCCCUAAUCAAAUAUAUAUAUCAAAUAUAUAAUCAAAAAAUCUCUCCUUGUCCUCCCAGCUCGGCAUUUACAGGAGUUGUGAGUGUGUGUAAGAUUAUAUAUAUUGUAUUCCAUUUGGGUGUUACCAUCAUGUUAGAGUAAUAAUGGCGCCUAAAAAGUCGACAGUGUCAAACGUUCUUCCGUUUCAUGUAGUGGAUAAAACGGCUUUAUCACCGGGAUAUACGCAUUGGGACCAUCACGAUAUAAUUUAUACUAAAAGUGGUCCAAUUGAUUUUAGCAGUAAGCACAAUCACUCAAGUCCUGUGAGUUCAUUACCAGUUCAUCCAGAUGUGAGGUUGAAACGGCUACCGUUUUAUGACAUUUUAGGAGAGCUUCUGAAACCAACUAGUCUGGUCCCUAAACCUACUGGUCGUUUUCAAGAAACAUUCUUUAUAUUCCAUCUCACUCCUCAACAAGCACAAGAUAUUGCUAUGUCCAGAGAUUUUAGACCUGGUGCUAAAUGUGAAUACACAACACAAGUGCAGUUGAGAUUUUGCCUUUUGGAAACAAGCUGCGAACAAGAUGACAACUUCCCUCCAAGUAUAUGUGUGAGAGUGAAUGGGAAACUCGCGACAUUGCCAAAUCCAAUACCAACAACUAAACCUGGUGUGGAGCCCAAACGUCCAGGACGUCCAGUUGACAUCACAGCUUUAUGCCGGUUGUCACCAACAGUGCCCAAUCAUGUUGACGUGUCAUGGGCUUCAGAGUUUGGACGGGGUUACUGUGUUGCAGUUUACUUGGUGAAAAAGCUUACCUCUGACAUUCUACUACAAAGAUUAAAACAGUUUGGUAACCGCCAUCCAGAUCAUUCCAGAGCUUUGAUUAAAGAAAAAUUACAACAUGAUCCAGACAGUGAAAUUGCAACUACUAGCCUUAGAGUAUCAUUGAUGUGUCCACUUGGAAAAAUGCGUCUUCAGAUUCCCUGUCGUUGCAGUACAUGUACACAUUUACAGUGUUUUGAUGCUUUCACAUUUCUUAUGAUGAAUGAGAAGAAACCUACAUGGAUCUGCCCUGUCUGUGAUAAAUCUGCAGCAUUUGAUAAACUUAUUAUUGACGGAUUAUUUGUGGAAAUUCUUCAACAGUCUGCUGGUUGUACAGAAAUUCAAUUUGGUGAAGAUGGUUCUUGGAGUCCUUUGAAGGCUGUAAAAGAAACAUUACUUAUCAGCAGCCCAGUUAUUAAAAGCUCAUCAAUACCAGGAUCACCUGAGAAAAAAGCAAGUCCACAGCAAGAUGUGAUUGAUUUGACUAUGGAUUCCUCAUCUGACGAGGAAGAUCUCACACAGCAUGUUACUCCAUCACGAACUCCAAGUACAUCACAAACCAGUAAUUCUUCAGGAUCAUCAAUUGCGACUUCAGUUAAUUCAUCUCCUGCGUAUUCCAACAAUGUAUAUCUUCAGCAGCCUUCCCUUCCUGUUAUCACCUCCAACAGUAUUGCAGCAGUAUUUGGCUCGCGGUCAUCUCCUGUGUUGAAAUCUGCACACUCAUUGUACAUAGCACCUACUCCAAACUUUGCUGAACUGUCAGCUAAUGAUAUUUCUGAAAAUUUUACAAAACUACCAGUUUUCCCUGGAGCCAAUUCCAGUUCGGCAGCGGCAGCAGCAGCUUCAACACCAAACCCAAGGGAUGUCUCCAUGUACUCAUUGCUAUCACCAGAGGCCAGUGAUGAUAUGGAGAUAUCUAACUUGAUUGGUAUACCAGGCUACCCCCCUAACAGUAACAUUGUAUCCAGCAUGAAUAGCAGUAGUAGCUGCAGUAACAGCAGUAGUAGUAUUAGCAGCAGCAGCAGCAAUAGUAGCGGGUGUAAGAGCAGCAGCAGCAUCAGUCAUAGCCAUCCACCCUUACCUACCACAGUUAUGACCAACUCCAUCGCUGUCACUACUUCAUCUGACUGUUUGAAUUCAAACCUCAACCAACUCAAUCAACCUGAUGUCAUAUCACUUGAUUAAAAACAUCUUGAUGCAUCUCUCAAAGUAUCAAUAUACACUCAUAAAUACUGAUAUGUUUGUAAAUAAAGAGUACAUUCAAACUUGUUUCACAGUUCACAAACUGUUUCUGUAUACUGGUACUAUAUACUAGCAAACCCACACACACACACGCAAUAUAUUUGUGUGUGUAUGUGUAUGUUUUAUAUAUGUAUAUAUAUAUAUAUAUAUAAAUGUCGAACAUGUGCAUAUGUAUAAAGAUUUAGAAAACAACAUUGACUGAUUGCGCAAGGCAGCAACAUUAUAUAUACAUAUAUAUAUAUAGUGAUUAUUUAUAACACUUGUCAUUACUUUUUAUAAUAUAAAGUUUUGAAUUUUAUCACAGCAUCGUACAGUUGUCAGUGAUGUAAAACUUAGUUGGUGGUUGCUUUAAGCCUUUUUAUACAAUCAUUUCUGUUCAAAAUUUAUUAGGCUAGUACUGCAUACAUUUGAAUUGUAAAGCAUUUUCAUCCUCAAAUAGGUAUCAGGUACUAUAUUAUUAGGAUUCAUUUGCAGUUAGAUACUUAACUGUCUUACUUCAAAAAUGUAAGUUAUGAAAGAAAAAAAAUAUUUCUAUUUUCAUAAAAUUGUUCAGAGAUUCAAGUGUUUACGAAUCUAAAGUAUUUAAAUAAUGAUUAACUAUAUUUAUAGUAAACAAGCGAUUAAGCUCAUCUGAUAAGUGUGAUCUACAUUUAUUGCAUAUGAUUAAAUAUCCUUAAAAAUCUAACAUCAGGAAAAUAUAUUUACAUUAAAAUCAAUAUUUAUCAUUUGAUUUGUGUCAAAAUUGGACUUAGCUGAAUUUAGACAUACCAACUAUUGAUUUGAAAAGAAAGUGUGAAUCUUAUAAAUCAAUUCAUUGACUUCUUUUUUUUUUUUUGUUUAAUUUUUCUAAACCUCUCUAAAGAUGAUAUAAAAAAUAAUUCAAUAAUAUUUCUGAAUUAAAUAAUAAAUACAUAGAUAGAUUUGAAGACUUAUUUUAUUCAAACUAUAAAUAUUAGGGAAGGAAAUUAAGAAAACUUAACAAAAAACAAACUAAUCACAUAUUGUAAUUGUAAAUUACUGUUGCUAAUUGUUGAUGUUUUCAUAGGUAUUUUACCUAAGAAUAAACUCUGGUUGUGAUCCAAUCAUUUUCAGUGAGUGUGUGUGUGUGUGUGCGUGCAUGCAUGUGUGUGCAUGUCUAAUACCUUCACAUUCUUAUAAAAUUUUGUUUUGGGAAGGGGCUUAAUGUUUAUCACAAGAUCCUGUGGAAUCACAUGCAGCAGAGUCUGAUGUGGUUUCCUCCUAUUUCAUUCUAUACCAUGUCAUUUUACCAUUGCAAAUAUUCUGAUAUGUUAUUUACAUCCGUUUGAUGUUUUUGAAUUUGAUUUUCUUUAUUUGUUCCCAACCAUGAACCCGAAUACUAUAAGUAUAAAUCACAUUUCUUAAGCCACAUUGACAAAUGUAGAUUAUAUUGAAUUCUUGUUUAAAGGUACAAUUCUUAACCUGGAGAAAAUUUAAAGCAUUCAUUCAAGUGGCAAGAUUGCUUUUAGGUUGAAAAUUUAUUUACAUUGAAUUCAUUUUUUCUUGGUGUUGAUUUUUUACACGACUAAUUUUUUCUUAAUAUAUAGGAAACAGGGUUAGAUAGUAAACUGGUAAGGAAGGCAUGCUGG